ACCAGCUCUGCAAUCGUAUCGACUGUAAUGACUCAGCGGCAGCGAACGGGAGAGAACAACUGAGCGGCCUGACACCAGAGGAACUAGGACGGGGACAUCAGCGUAGACACCAUGAAAAUCUGCACAAGAAACCCAGCCGUCGCACUGCUCGUCGUGGUACUGGCACUUGCCGUCACCGCCCGCCCCGCCGUGCUUGGGCCGCGAGCCAGCGACCGCCUGCUGCAGGAGGUCCUUCACCGCCGAGCAGGCGAGACGACGGACAGUGCGGACGCAACGGCCUCGGCGCCGCAGUCCGGGCAGGGGCCGAGCCCGCCGAGCCCCGCGACCAGGACGCCGACGUGGGACCCACAGACCUUACCCCCGACGAGGGCUGCGCCGACCUCGGCUGGGCCGACGCGGGCUGGGCCGACGUGGGCUGUGCCCACGUGGGGGCUUCGUCCGGACGGAGGUCCUGGUAGCGGCGGCGGCAGUUCGAGGUGGGACUGGGACGACGACAACGACAACUCGUGGGACAUGGGCGACCGUGCUUUCAUCGCCGUGGUGGCCGUGCUGGUCGGUAUGCUCCUGAUGGGCGUCCCCGCCUACCUGGCGUGCGUCAGGGCCGCGGAGGCGAGCGGAAUGCAGGUCCAGUCGCAGCCGCGACCAGUUGCCGUGAGCACGGCCAGUAGCCUCAGCCACACCGUCCCCGCGGACCGAACACGGCCGAGCAGCCCAGCGAGAGUCCACUCUACGACGCGAAGCCCAGUCAGCCUGAUGAACUCGUCUGCGGCAGCGUGACACACCAGUUUAACGAAUCAGAAUAAAGUCAUCAGCACCUGAAGCUGAGAGCGAUGCUCUGUUUCGUGCAUGUAACAUGCAGUUAUUGGAAGAAGCGUCUACUAGCGCCUCCACUUGACACGAUAACGGGGCAGAAGUCCUUAGACGUUAAAAAGGUAUAGAGUGUCACUCACGAAGUCAACAUCAACACGCGUCAAGGAGCGCAGGACGGCAAAAGACAACUGUUUCAAGAGGAUGUAGGACUUUUGCACAUUCGUCGCGAUAAGCCCGCUAUCUCAACAGAUUUAAGACUGAGAAGACAUGAGAGCUUUACUCUAGCAUGAGCAACAAAAAUGACGGCAGUCGGGUAAGCUGUAAGGACCCAGCUACAGCAAACGAGCAGUUGUGCAGUAUCAACAGGUGAAGUACUCGAAUCAAGUGAUUACAAAGUUCUGCGACACCGUCAAAGGUCACGUACGAUCACAGAAAAUCCAAGUGCGCAAAAGAAGAGCGCUUCACUACACAAGGGCAGACACAAGGGCAAAAGUUGUGCGAAGUUGCUCGUUAACAGAGUUUUCAAACGCAAAUUAAAAUAUGUUUAACAUGCCAAGUUUGUGUUUCGAGUAUACGUAAACGCGAUGACACCACGAUCCUCAUCGCAGAUAGAUUUGUCAAUAAAUUGCAAAUUUAAUUUCCACACA